AUGUCGUCCCACCUCUCAGUCGCAACCGACGUGACCAAGGUCAUCCACCGGACCGAAUACGCCACCAUCUCGCCCUCUCGCCCCGAGCUCAGCCAGGCCGGCAAGACGGUCCUCGUGACGGGCGGCUCGGCGGGCAUCGGCUUCGCCAUCGCGCAGGCCUUUGUCCGCGCCGCCGCCGCCACCGUCAUCAUCGUGGGCCGGCGCCGCGACGUGCUCGACAAGGCGCGCGCCGAGCUCGAGGCCCAGGCCGGGCAGCAGCAGACCGCCAUCAUCGCCGAGAACGUCGACGUGGUCGACCGCGCGGGCGUCAAGGCGCUGUGGGAGGGGCUCGCGGCUAGGGGCGUCGUCGUCGAUGUGCUCGUGCUCAACUCGGCAAAGUUCACCGAGGCGGGGCCGCUCCUCGAGCUCGGCGUCGAUGAGGUGUGGUCCCAAUUCGAGGCUAAUGUUCGCGGGCCGCUCGACUUUGCCGAGAGGUUCUACAAGCAGAAGGGGGACUCGACCAAGUUCCUCGUCAACGUGUCGACCCAGGCCAUCAACCUCUUCUACGACUCGCAGCUCCCCGUCGCGGCCGAGAGACCGGCGUACAGCCUCACCAAGAACGCCGGCACGCUCACGGCCCAGCUGAUCGCCAACGGCGCGUCGCCCGACAAGCUCCAGGUCGUGAGCUACCACCCCGGAGUCAUCUAUAGUAAUGCGUGGAAGCUGGCCGGCGCCCCUGCGGAUGCGCUGCCGUUCGAUGAUGCAACUCUGCCGGGCGCGUUUGCGGUUUGGGCCGCCUCGAAGGAGGCCCGGUUCCUCCACGGUAGGUUCGUUUGGGCCUCGUGGGAUGUCAAUGAGCUGGCCACGGGGGAGAUCAGGAAGCGGAUUGAUGAGGAUGAGAACUACCUCAGGAUCGGGGUCGUUGGUCUGAAAGGGUCUUUCAAGGCUUAG